UUUCAAUUAGUUGUGCGUGCGUUUGUUUUGAAAAAAUAAAAAAAGAAUAUGCAUUUGUCUUUCGCUUACUUUUAUGUUUUGUUAUGCCUCAAAUAUUACAAUGCACUUGCAGCGGAGGGGCAAACAAAGAUAACUGUGGGUGCAAUUUUCUAUGAAAAUGAAAAGGAAAUCGAACUUAGCUUCGAUCAGGCAUUUCGUGAGAUCAACAAUUUGAAAUUCUUUGAACUACAAUUUGUUACCAUCAAACGCUUUAUGCCUACCACUGACAGUUUUUUGCUGCAGCAGCUUACUUGUGAACUGAUUUCCAAUGGCGUUGCGGCUAUUUUCGGACCAAGUUCAAAGGCAGCUAGUGAUAUUGUUGCUCAAAUAGCAAAUACGACCGGCAUUCCACACAUAGAAUACGAUUGGAAAUUGGAGGCAACGCGUCAGGAUCAUUUAAAUCAUCAGAUGACUGUGAAUGUGGCGCCUGCGCUCUCUGUGCUAUCCCGUGCUUACUUUGAGAUUAUUAAGACGAAUUUUGAGUGGCGCACCUUUACCAUGAUCUAUGAAACUGAAGAGGGACUUGCUCGCUUACAGGAUCUGAUGAAUAUACAUGCUCUCAAUGCAGACUACGUCAAGCUGCGUCACUUGGCUGACUAUGCUGAUGACUAUCGCAUACUAUGGAAAGAAGUGUAUGAAACAUUUCAUGAGCAUCGGAUUAUACUGGACUGUGAGCCCGAGUCGCUAAAGGAGCAGCUUAAAAUAUCUAUGGAAUUCAAGCUGCAAGGUCCAUUUAGAAACUGGUUUCUAAGUCAUUUGAAUACGCACAGCUCGGGACUGCAAGAAAUUUACAAUGCUGAUUUUAAAGCAAAUAUAACCUCAGCGCGCUUGAAAAUCGUCGAUCCAAAUCCGUAUGAACGCAAAAAGACGCGACUGACCAAGGCUGAUCAAGUGUUAAACAGUCAAAUGAUGCUGCCGAUACUGAUGUAUGACGCUGUUGUGCUCUUUGCCAACUCAGCGCGCAAUGUCAUCAAUGCCAUGCAGCAGUUUUAUGCGCCUGAGAGUCAUUGUGUCAACAGCUUGGGCAGACCUUGGCAAAUGGGCACUUAUAUAGUGCAGGAAAUGAAGAUAAUAUCGGAGGAUGAUGUCGAGCCGCAUUUCAAAACAGAGAAUAUGAAAUUUGAUGAGUUUGGCCAGCGUACGCAUUUCAAUUUGGAAAUCUAUAAGCCAACAGUGAAUGAGCCGCUGAUGGUUUGGACGCCAGACAAUGGCAUCAAAGUGCGACGUCUGACGGCAGAGCAGGAGAGCUCCUCGACAGCGCAGGAUUUCUCCGAGCAGCGCAGAGUUUAUACUGUAGUCACACACUACGAGGAGCCCUACUUUAUGCUUAAGCAAGAUCAUGAAAACUAUAGAGGGCAGGAAAAGUACGAGGGCUAUGCUGUCGAUUUAAUACGCAAACUUUCGGAGCUAAUGGAAUUCGAUUAUGAGUUUAUGAUUGUCAAUGGCAAUGGCAAAUAUAAUGCAGAAACUAAACAAUGGGAUGGCAUUAUGCGCAAGCUUAUAGAUCAUCAUGCGCAAAUUGGAGUUUGCGAUUUGACCAUAACGCAGCUUAGACGCUCCUUUGUGGACUUUACGGUGCCUUUUAUGCAGCUUGGCAUUAGCAUUUUGCACUACAAGAGUCCGCCGGAGCAGAAGAAUCCAUUUGCUUUCUUGGAGCCCUUUGCUACAGACGUUUGGAUCUAUAUGAUAUUUGCUCAACUUAUAAUGACGCUGGCAUUUGUAUUGAUAGCCAGACUUUCCUAUCGCGAGUGGAUGCCACCUAAUCCUGCUAUAGUAGAUCCCGAUGAGCUGGAGAAUAUAUGGAAUGUCAAUAAUAGCUGCUGGCUUAUGGUUGGCUCUAUAAUGCAGCAAGGCUGCGAUAUAUUGCCCAGAGGUCCACACAUGCGCAUCUUAACUGGCAUGUGGUGGUUCUUUGCUCUAAUGAUGCUCAGCACUUAUACAGCCAACUUGGCUGCCUUUUUGACCAGCAACAAGUGGCAGAGCACUAUCAAGAGUCUGGAGGAUUUGAUAGAGCAGGAUGAGGUCAAGUAUGGCAGCAUGCGUGGCGGCAGCACCUCGCUGUUCUUUUCCGAAUCCAAUGAUACGGACUAUCAGCGCGCCUGGAAUCAAAUGCGUAGCUUCAAUCCAUCUGCAUUCACCAGCAAUAAUCGCGAGGGCGUCGAUCGUGUGCGCAAGGAGGAAGGCAAAUAUGCUUUUCUAAUGGAAACCACCAGCUUGACCUACAACAUAGAGCGACACUGCGAUCUGCGCCAAAUUGGCGAGCAGAUUGGUGAAAAGCAUUAUGGACUAGCUGUGCCAUUGGGCGCUGAUUAUCGCACCAACUUAAGCGUUUCCAUACUGCAAUUGAGUGAAAAGGGCGAGCUCUAUAAGCUGAAGAACAAAUGGUGGAAGAAUCACAAUGUUACCUGUGAAACAAUACACGAGGUCGAUGGCGAUGAGUUGUCCAUUAUAGAGCUGGGUGGCGUUUUUGUGGUACUCGCUGGCGGCGUCGUCGUGGGCGUCAUCCUGGGCAUCUUUGAGUUUCUCUGGAAUGUGCAAAACGUAGCUGUGGAGGAGCGUGUGACGCCUUGGCAAGCGCUCAAGGCGGAGCUAAUGUUUGCUUUGAUGUUCUGGGUGCGCAGAAAGCCAAUGCGCAUUACCAGCAGCUCUAGCGACAAGUCCUCGCGACGUUCCUCCAGCUCCAGACGCAGUUCCAAGGAGAAAAGUCGCAGCAAGACCAGCUAGAGUGUUUUUUUUUUAUUUUAUAUGUACAUUUUGCGUUGAAUAAAUUGAG